AUGCGGAUUCUAGUCAUUUUGUGCCUGGUGGCAUGCGCUUAUGCUGGAAAAGGUUACGUUUACGAGAUAGCCAAUGCUGCAGGAGGCAAGUUUGAAAUUGUCAGCAGUGUAAGCAAAGCUGGCAGUGGAAAAUCUAAAACAUAUAGUGCUUUUGGAACUGGUGGAAAAUCUAAAACAUAUAGUGCUUUUGGAACUGGUGGAAAAGCUAAAACAUAUAGUGCUUUUGGAGCUGGAGCUAAAGAUGUCAGUGGACCAGCUAGUCUGAAAAGUUCUUCUACUAAAACAGUUUCAAUCUUUGAAACUACCAAUUCAGUAGUGGAUAAUUCGGAUGACAGUAGCAGUGCUGCAGAUUCAAUUGUGGUCAGUGACAAUGUGAUCAGUGAUGACAGUGCCGGAAGUGAAAGUGUUGUUGUAAGCAUGAUUGCUGAAGCGGAAAUGAAUGGUGGUGAUGAUAGUGAUGUCGUAAGCAGUGCCAGUAUGACUGAAAGUGUAAGCAUGGCCAGUGAUAAGGAAGGUGAUGCCGAGGUUUCCACAUUGAUAACUGGUUUCGGUGGCAGCUUAUCCACCGAUAGUGAUGUUGUAAGCAGUGCCGUCAGUACUGGAAGUGAUAGCUUGACGUCCGAUUCGGAAGUCGAGGGAAUCAAAAUGGACUCUGAUAAUUCCAUUGUUAGUGGUUCUUCAAAUACCAUCAAUGAUGAAGGCGUUUCCAGCUUGGUCUCCAUUGUUACUGGAGCUGAAAUGAUCGGUAACACAGAUAGUGAUAUUGUCGCCAGUGAUAGCAGUAUGGAUGGUAAUACUGAAGUUUCCAGCAUUACUUCUGGUACGGAAAUGACAGGUGAUAGUGCUGUUGUAAUCGGUGCAAUUAAAUCUGAACAGGAUACUGAUGUUUCAAACAUGGAUACAACAUUAAUGGGAUCCGAAAAUGAAGGCAGCUCAAGCGAAAUCAUUGUAAGCGAAGCAAGUAACACUGGUAAUGAUAAUGGCGAAUUAAGUUCCGGCAGUAAGACUGUUGAAACUUCGGAAAGCGGCAGUGGACUCUUAAGCUUGGUUACCGGUUCGAUGGUAUCUAAACCAUCCGUUGAAUCGCUGACAUCUAAUACUGACUCGUCCGUUGACUUGACAUCCAGUAGUUCUAGUACAAAAUUCAAUGUGGGUGGAUCCGGUACAGCCCCUCUCUUUUUCAAUCCAAUUCCAGCAAGUUCGGAAUCCUCAUUUAGCACAUCAAGCUCCUCACCGGCUACAAGUGAAACUCAAUUCAGUGUUACAAAAACCGAGCAGACCAUAACCACCUCAAGCUCUGAUUCAGCCCCUGCAACCGUUGGCCUUACCUUCGAUGCAAUUCCAGCCAGUUCGGAAUCAUCAGUCAGCACCUCAAGCUCCUCACCGGUUACAAGUGAAACCACAAUCAGUGUUUCAAAGACUACCACUAGCUCUGAUUCAGCCUCUGCAACCGUUGGUCUCGAUGCAAUUCCAGCCACCUCGGAAUCAUCAUUCAGCACAUCAAGCUCUUCACCGGUUACCAGCGAAACCACAUUCAGUGUUUCAAAAACCGAGCCUUCUAUAACCACCUCUAGCUCUGAUUCAUCUUUCAGUGUUUCGAGCUCCUCGCCAACAACAAGCGAAUCUAGCUUCACAGCACCAGCCUCAACCUCAACAAGCUCAUUCUCAACAUUCAGUUCCUCCAGCUCAGCACCGGUCAUCAAGGAAUCAAGCUUUACUAUUUCCAGCUCUUCUCCCCUAUUGAGUGGUUCUGAUACAGUUUCAGGCGCCAUCACAUCAAGCUCAGAGUCCUCAUUCGACUCUUCUAGCUCAUUGCCCGCCACCAAAGAAGCUAGUUCCACAGUCAGCAGCUCUUCUCCUGUAUUGAGUGGUUCCAACACAGCUUCUUCUGUGAUCACCUCAAGCUCAGAUUCCUCAUUCGGUACAACCAGUUCGUCACCUACUAGAAUCAGUUUCUCUCUUUCUAGCUCUUUUAGUGGCUCCAACACAGCUCCAACCUUGACCACAUCAAGCUCUGAUUCUUCAUUCAGUACCUCCAGUUCAUCGCCUGCUACAAGUGGAAGUAGUUUCACUAUUUCCAGCACCGAACCAUUGGCCAGCUCAAGCUCUGAAACAUCAUUCAGCACUUCAGGUACCUUGCCUGCUACAAGUGGAAGCAGUUUCACUAUUUCCAGCACCGAACCAUUGGCCAGCUCAAGCUCUGAAACAUCAUUCAGCACUUCAGGUACCUUGCCUGCUACAAGUGGAAGCAGUUUCACUAUUUCCAGCAAUGAACCUUUAAGCACCUCAAGCUCCGAAUCAUCAUUCAGUACCUCCAGUUCAUCGCCAGCUACAAGUGGAAGCAGUUUCACUAUUUCCAGCACCGAACCAUUGACCAGCUCAAGCUCUGAAACAUCAUUCAGCACUUCAGGUACCUUGCCUGCUACAAGUGGAAGCAGUUUCACUAUUUCCAGCAACGAACCUUCAACAACCUCAAGCUCCGAAUCAUCAUUCAGCACUUCCAGUUCAUCGCCUGCUACAAGUGGAAGUAGUUUCACUAUUUCCAGCAUCGAACCAUUGACCAGCUCAAGUUCUGAAACAUCAUUCAGCACCUCAGGUACCUUGCCUGCUACAAGUGGAAGCAGUUUCACUAUUUCCAGCAACGAACCUUUAACCACCUCAAGCUCCAAAUCAUCAUUCAGCACCUUCAGUUCAGUGCCUGCUUCAAGUGAAGGUAGCAUCACUGUUUCUGGUUCCAAUACAGGCACCACCUUUGGCGGUCUCAAUUCAGACUCUGAUUUUGUCACAUCUAGUUCAAACCCCGUCGUCAGUACCUCGAGCUCAGAUACUAAAUUUGAGGUAUCCAGUUCAUCGCCUGUUACCAGUGGCGCCAGUUUCACAGUUUCCAACUCGGCCCCUGCUUUCACUAGCUCCAAUUUCGGUAGUACCAGCUUUGCCUCAGAUUUGGUUUCUACACCAGUUUCAGCGCCUAGUGCCAGCACCUUAGGCUCAGAUACUGCCAGCAGCUCUAGCUCAGAUUCUUCAACAUUCACUGUUUCAAGCUUAUCCCCAGCUAACAGCGGUUCCAGUUUUACUGUUUCUAACUCUGCCCCAUCUUUCACUGCAUCAAAUUCCGGAAGUACCAGCUUUGCCUCAGAUUUGGUUGCUACACCAGCCUCAACACCUAGUGUCAGCACUUUAGGCUCAGAUACUCAAUUCAGUGUUACCAGCUCUUCUCCAGUUACAAGUGGUAGCAGUUUCACGAUAUCUGGUUCCGCUCCGUCGUUCAGUAGUUCCAAUACAGGUAGCUUCACCAAUGGCUUCCAAUCCUCCUCAGAUUCGACAUACUCCACUACCAAUGGAGCCCCUGCCAGUUCCUCGUUCACUAUUUCCAGUAGUACACCUGCAUUCGGUGGUUCCAGUGUUGCUUCCAGUUCUGGUCCCACUACUGUCAGUUCCAGCUUCGACUCUAUUUCAUUUGGAUCGGGUCCAAGCUCUGGCUCAGAUUCUAAAUUCAGUGCCUCAAACUCACCAGUCUCUAACGUUGGAUCUAGUUUUAUUCUUCCCGCUUCUGGCAGCAGUUACAGUAAUUCUAAUUACGAAUCUAAAAUCAGUACAUCCGGCUCUCCCCUGUCCAGUGUUGGAUCCAGUUUCAUUUCUUCUGUUUCAAGUGGUUCCAGCUCAGGAAAUAAUUACGAUAGCAAUAAGUUGACUUCUCAAUUAAUUGGAUCCAGUACUGGUGCCGCUUUUGUUGCUGCCAGUCCAUCCUUGGUUUCAACCGGCAGCGAUUCAAAAUUCACUGCUUCCAAGUCAACACCAACAUUUGGUACAUCCAGCUUCGCGGUAUCUGGCUCAGCUCCUUCCUUCGGCAGCUUCAAUUCAGGUUCAUCUUUGGGUUCUUCCGGUUCUGGUUCUACAUUCGGUACCAACUCCUACACAAUUGGUUCCGGUUCAUCAGGUUCCUCUUUGGGUGCUUCCGGUUCUGGUUCAACAUUCGGUUCCAACUCCUACACAAUUGGUUCCGGUUCAUCAGGUUCCUCUUUGGGUGCUUCCAGUUCUGGUUCAACAUUCGGUUCCAACUCCUACACAAUUGGUUCCGGUUCAUCAGGUUCCUCUUUGGGUGCUUCCGGUUCUGGUUCAACAUUCGGUUCCAACUCCUACACAAUUGGUUCCGGUUUAAGUUCCACUUCGAAUUAUGGUUCUAAUUUUGCGGGUUCCAACACCGGUUCCAGUUACGGUGCCACCAAUUCAGGCUCCAAUUUCGCCUCCUCCAGCUACGAUUCCUCUUAUGGUUCUGUUGGUGCCAUCUCCAAUAUUCCAAAUGGUCGUGGUCAAUUGGUGAAGGAGUUCUACACCUUCACCGCCGAUGAAAACGAUUUCUAUCAACCAUCUGCAUCGGGUGAAUUGCUCGAUAAUCUACAGCAAAACUUGCGUGUAGUUUUCAUCAAGGCUCCCGAAAAUACCGGUUUAGAAGAUGCCAUCCUUAAGGUAGCCAAACAAAUGGCCGAACAUAAGACGGCAAUUUAUGUCUUGACCAAAGAAAAUGACCUUUCGGAAUUGGCCAAUAAAGUGAAUUUAUCAACGGAAAAUCUCAAUCACAAGCCCGAUGUCCACUUUGUCAAGUAUCGCACCAAUGAAGAUGCUAUCAAUGCUCAACGUGCAAUUCAAGCUGAAUACGAUGCGGCUAUUGAUGGUAAAUCUUUGUAUUUCAAUGGUGGUGUGGCCAAGGCUUUGAAUUUUGCCUCCGUUUCUCCAGCAGCCAGCGUUCGUCAUGAACAACAUACUAGUGGAGCUGCUACAAAAACAACAUAUUUGCCAGCUUCGGUUCACCGUCAGUAA